AUGCAGCCUGUUAGACAGGCAUCAAAUCACUUGUUUGUGGUCGGAGAAGGUGUAAAUGCCAUUUCACCAACAGAUCCGUAUUUAGCAGGGUACAUAACACGAAUUGACGGAGAUGACAUUUUCGUGAAGUUCCCAUAUGGGAGAUUAGAUCCAUAUGAAUACAAAUAUCGCAUAGACCAAGUCCUCCCCUUGCAAACUCAAUUCCCAGCCGGGAAAUUUAAACCAAUUAAAUUGACAAAGAGAGACAAACAAGUUCAAAGGCAAAAAAUCAAACUAUACGAAGAAAGGCUACAAAGACAUUUCACUGAAAAAUGA